AUAAUCCAAUUGAAGUACUAUUAUGUAAAACUUGCAUGUGUUCAUGGCGGAUCUUAUAGGAAAAAAAAUUCUUGCCAAGAUCUGCGUAGUACUUCAUCAAUGCGACAGGGUUGUGAAGCGUAUAUUUAUUUAAUUGCCAAUGCAAAAGGGGAUGCGUUGGAAUUAACUCGUAUGAAUGACGAACAUAAUCACGAGAAGUCGGAGACAUUAUUUUCUCAUCUCCCAAAUCAGCGAAGAGUCACCCCUCAAGAGAAAAUGGAAGUGUUGGAAUUAAUGAAGUUGAAGGCCAAUAAGAAGUUAAUUCAGCACAAAAUGCAAACGAAGACCGGUAAAGUCAUAAAUCUCAAAGAUAUUGCCAAUAUAUAUACCACAGGUAGAAAAACACCAAGCCACAACAGUUUGAGUGAAAUUGUCGAGCAGUUGCAAAAUACGUAUAAUUGUACUGUUGAAAUAUCAGCUGAUAGCGAUCAAAAUUUGAUUGGUCUGUUUAUCCAGGACAAAAUAAUGCAGAAUACAUUUAAAGCAUUUCCUGAGGUAGGAAAUAUAGAGGUUUAUUGGAAAUUAGAUGUGUAUUUUUAGAUUUAUAAUACAAUGUCAAUAAUAUAUAAACUAAAAUACUACUAUAAAUGUGGAAUACUAAUUUGUGAAUUAUUUCAAUUAUAUAAUAUAAUAAUUUGGUAAUAAAGUAUAAAUUUGUUAAGUAUGGUAAGGUAUAUUGUGAAUUAUAUGUGAACUAUUAUAUGAAUUUAAAUGUAAUUAAAAUUGAUGUACAAUCUUUAAUAAAUGUUUUAUUCUGAAUAAAUGUUGUAUUAUUCUUGAAAUUAUCAUUAUAGGUAGUAUUUGCAGAUGCAACGUAUAAAUUAAAUAAUUUACGAAUUCCAUUGUAUGUAAUGAUGGUGGAAGAUGGCAAUG